UAUAUGGACCGCUUCGCUCAAUAACGGAUGAAUUAAAAAUACAUUCGUACUCUCUUCAGGGCCCUUGAACAAACUGAUACCAUGCAAAUCCUCAUCACCGGCGGCGCAGGCUUCAUUGGCCAAUUGCUAGCAAAAGAGCUCCUCAACGACCCCUCCUAUCAUGUCACAUUAACUGAUGUCACUGAACCUCCCAUUCCAAAAGGCGUGAAGUAUCCCCAAAAUGCACGCAGAAUUACCGUGGACCUUCUCAAAGGCGCAGAUGCCGUCGUGAACAAGUCUCUAGACGCCAUCUAUGCCUUCCACGGUAUCAUGUCGUCCGGCUCCGAAGCCAACUUUGAUCUCGGUAUGAGUGUCAACGUCGACGCCACUCGUGUUCUACUCGAAGCUCUUCGUCGAACCUGUCCGGGCGUCCGAGUGAUUUACUCCUCUAGCCAGGCUGUCUACGGCCAACCUCUUCCUGAAGUGGUGGAUGACAACGUCAUCCCCACUCCCCAGUCAUCCUACGGUGCGGAGAAGAUCAUCUGUGAGACCCUUAUCAACGAGUACACAAGACGUGGGUUUAUAAGUGGCUUUACUCUUCGCUUCCCCACGAUCUCUGUUCGGCCCGGUCGUCCCACAGCUGCGGCCUCCUCGUUUCUCUCGGGAAUGAUUCGUGAGCCGCUGAACGGAGAGGAGUGCAUCAUUCCGCUCGAAGAUCGAUCGUUCAAGUCCUGGCUGUGCUCUCCACGCACCCUCGUAUAUAACUUAGUUCUCAUGCUCUCGCUUCCGAUCGAUGCAGUUCCCCCUCAUAUCCGCCAGAUCAACGUUCCGGGUAUCUGCGUUACUAUACAGGAAAUGAUGGAUGCUCUAGCAAAGGUGGGAGGGCAUGAUAAACUAUCGUUAUUGAAGGAGAAGGAAGAUCCAUGCCUCAGGCCAAUUCUAGAAUCAUGGCCCACAUGUUUUGAUAAUAAACAAGCCAUCUCUUUGGGAUUCAAGCGCGACACGUCAUUUGAACAAGCCGUCAGGAAUUACCAACUGGAAAUAAGCCAGCAAUGAUUCAUUUAGUGGGAGAAUUUAUUGCAGGAUAUGUUUGUUAUAUUUAAUACGUUACUCAAUGACCUUUUACUUUAUGCAAUACAGUUAC